AUGUAUGUAUGCAGUACCAGCACCGCGCGCAUUGAUACAUACUGUGGAGAUACAUACAUACGUUUUUUUUUCCCCUCUCUCUGGGGUAGGGGAAACAAGAGCGCCUGUAUAAACCAAACAGAUACCAAUAGUGUAAAUUUUAUUUGGACAUCGUCUCGUCCUUUGCUCCGUACGUUACCGAGCAACGGCAUCUCGCCUACUUUCCUCAUUCACUGCGCAUCUCUCUCAUCGCAAGUCUUUCUGCAGACAAGAUCUCACAGUUAUUUAAAAACCCCACCAAACUAUAUCACGAAGAUGUCGACACCAACUCUCAAGAUUAAGACCACCCACACCUCCAGAGGACCAUUCUCGCCUCUCCCCUCAGAACUCCCACGAACCCCCAUAGUCGGCCAUUUUGAUUCUUUAAAGAGCCAUGAUGAGUGCCUAAAAACACCUAUAACCCCACCAGCGGCAUAUACCGAUUUCUUGAGGAAUACCGCCAAUAGUCCGGCUCUCUGCAAAUCGCCUGGCGCAUUCUUUCCCCCGAAUUCAGCAAAGUCAUUGCUAGCAAACACACAGGGCUACUAUACGCCCACGACACCAUACUCUCUAGCAUCGACAUCGGCCGCCAGGCGCCUACGAAUUCCUUCAUCUCCCGCUUCCGCGGCUAAUUACUCACCUUCCACUGAAUCACCGGCGUCGGCAACUUCGCGGUCUUCGGAAGAGGAGACCGAAGUUGAAGCCAGAAGUCCUCGAACAGGGCCCCGAGUGACAGUGAAACAGGUUGUGACGACUACAGUUACUUUCACUCCUCGAAUGAGCCUUAUGCCUGCACCCAAGGGGAAGAGGAGACGGAUUGAGUAA